AGGCAAGGGCAAUAGGUCGGGGAGACACUGCACUUUAUUCUACCACCUCUGGAGUAUAUAAGGAAGGCUUCUCAGAGGCGCCCCGCUGGCAAACUGACCCCAGAGCUGUCUCUAGGGCUGGGGGCAGCUGAGGGCGCAGACAGACAGGCCAGCGGGUUCCAGCAGUAAACUUUGCUUAUCUCUCUUCAUUACCGAAUCCACUAAUUAAGUCCCCCGCCCAUUCGGAAGACCUUUCGGGAGCCGGAAAAAUCGCCGCCUGCGAGGACCAGAUAUCAGCAGACGCGGCCUGACAGCCUUGACCUUUCCUGCCCGCCUGCCAGCCACGGUGGCUCAGCCCCGCGGGGCGAGGGAGAAGUACGCAGUGGGGCAAAAAAACCAAGAUCCAAAGUCCCGGUUCCGCAGAACGAAGAGCCGGCGUCCCCCCGCCCCCACUUUUACCCGGCUAGCGCAUUGUGACGUCACGAAGCCCCUCCCCGCAAUUCGGCCGCUAACGACACAGCCCCCCUGCCUGUGACGUCACGAAUCGGAGAAGGAUGAUGACGACAGAGGUGCAAGGCUGGCUUCUGGUCGCGUAGGAAGGGUGAAAGUAGAAACUCUGAGCCGCAGGAACGGACUACGGUUCCCGCCUGUCCCUGCGAGUCGCGCACGCGCACUACCCUUCCAGCCCACAGGCAUGGCCCACUCCUUACUAUCUCCUCUAGAGGGGGGGAGGGGGGGAAUGCUCUCUUCCUCACCCCACCCACUUUGGGAUGAUUGACAGACAGCCUAGUCCAAUAAGAAGACGUAAUCUCAGCAGUAGUCCAAUCGCAACCUUAUCCAUUCCAUCUCUUCUACACCCAGCCGACUUCCAGGCUUUCUCGCGGGAGUGAUGGGCUCCACUUCCAGUCGAAGUUCCGCUUGAUGGGCGUGGGUGCGGCUGAAUCGGGGCGCCGGGCGUUCGAGCGGGCACUGAAGAGCGUGCCUAUAAGCCAAUAGUGUUGAGAUUCUGAAAAACGAGCAGCAACACCACCCAAUCGCUUCCCGGGCCGCUUCCAAUCAGCGCAGGCACCGCCCUCCCAUGCCUGACGUAAGUAGGGUGGGUAGCAACAGUUGCCCCGGUGAAGGAAACGGAGGCGCCAUAGCCACGGUAGUCGUGGCGACCAAGCAACCCGGCAACGCGAGUCAACAACAACAACCGCCCCGGCCGACCCCCCCCACCCCCCCCAGCCCGGCUUCGGGACCCUGGCAAAUUCCACCCCCCAAAAAAAUCUUCUCCGAGGGCCCCCGGAAACCUCCUCGGCGGACAGAAGAGGGGGAAAGCUGAGGAGGAGGAAGAGGCAGGGCAGAACCACACCAGAGACUCCCAAGGAUGUCAGACUCCUACAGAUACUCCAGAAUAUUACCUUAUAGAGACAGAAGCAAAAAAAAAAAGCCUUAUUUAUUAUCAUUUUCCCCACUGUUGGCAUGGCAACACAGGCCUACGUUACUGAGCUUCAGGCAGCCCCUCAACCACCACAGCCUCAACAAGCCCCUCCUCAGGCUCAGCCCCAGCCACCACCACCACCACCACCACCACCACCACCACCACCACCAGCGGCCCCUCAGCAGCCAACACCACCACCACCACCACCACCACCACCACCACCACCACCACCUGCUGCUGCCACCUCCCAGCCACAGUAUGUUAGUGAACUGCAGAGCCCACAGCCCCAACCUGCCAACCAGAAACAGUAUGUGACUGAGAUCCCAGCCCCCCCAGCACAGUCACAGCCCAGUGGCCAGCCUGCCCCAGCCCCGGCCCCCCAGCAGUUUAUCGUGGUGACAGUCUCUGAAGGGGCCAUGAGGGCCAGUGAUACCGUCUCAGAAGCCAGCCCAGGCUCCACUGCCAGCCAGUCUGGAGUGCCAACACAGGUGGUCCAACAGGUCCAGGCCACACCGCAGCGGCUGCUGGUCCAGGCAAGUGUGCAGGCCAAGCCUGGUGCUGUGUCCCCUCUGCAGCUUACCAGCAUCCAAGUGCCCCAGCAGCGACUUGUGGUGCAGAGCUCAGCUCAGGCCAGCAAAGGGGGCCCAGCCUCGCUCACUGUCCAUAGUGUCCAGCAGGCGCACUCCCCCCCAGAGCGUUCACCAGGACAGGGGAACAGCUCCACCAGCAAAGCUGGCUCCGUGCAGCAGCUCCAGGUGCACAGCGUCCAGGCGGUCCCUGCCCCACAAGAGGUACCCGAGCAGGGAGGCGCCCGGGAAGUUCCACCUCCAAAGGCCCCGAAACAGGCUGAGAUCUAUAACCAUAGAUCUGUGGUACAGACUGCUCCGCAGACAUCCAAAUCAGGCUCAGUGCAGCAGCUGACAGUGCAAGGGUUGCAACCGGUCCACGUCACCCAAGAGUGCUCAGGCAGUCAGUUCCCCGCUAGGAAGGGAGAGCAGCAGGAGCCAGCAGCAGAGCCGCCCGGGGUGCGGGCCGAGCCGGGCGAGCGGGCCGGAGAGGCGCCCCUGUUGUUAGAGUGCAGUAGCGAGGCCCCGCAGUUAGGCAGCGGCAGCCCGGAGCCCCGGCUCCAUUACCUGCCGGCGGCAGCGGCGGCAGCGGCGGCGGCGGCAGCGGCCGAGCCGGGCUCCGAGCAGUGGGUGGAGCUGGUGCGCGUGCUCCCCCAGCAGCUGCUCCUGCCCCAGCAGAAAGUGGUGAUCGAGCCCCUGCCGGGGCUCUCCUCCCGGGCCAGCCCCGACCAGAGAGUCAGGAUCCAGAGAGUCCCCCAGGUGCUAGUGUUCGGCACUGCAGCCACAGCCCUGAAAGUGCAACAGCUCCAGCAGGUGCCUGUGCAGCAUGUGUACCCUGGCCAGGUGCAGUAUGUGGAGGGCGGUGAUGCCAGCUACACAGCCAGCACCAUCCGCUCAGGUACCUACCCCUACACAGAGACACCACUAUACACCCAGAAUGCGGGCACCAGCUACUAUGAGUCCCAGGGCACAACCGCGCAGGUCAGCACACCUGCCACCUCACAGGCUGUGGCGAGUAGUGGCUCAGUGCCCAUGUAUGUGUCGGGUGGCCAGAUCGUCACCAACUCUAGUGGCUCAAGCAGUGGAGGGGGCGGCGGGGGCGGCGCCGGCACCUACGUGAUCCAGGGCGGCUACAUGUUGGGCAGCUCCAGCCAGUCGUACUCACAUACCACCCGUGCCUCACCAGCCACUGUCCAGUGGCUGCUGGAUAACUAUGAGACGGCUGAGGGGGUAAGCUUGCCCCGCAGCACCCUCUAUUGCCACUACCUCCUGCACUGCCAGGAGCAGAAGCUAGAGCCCGUCAAUGCUGCCUCUUUUGGCAAGCUCAUUCGCUCUGUUUUCAUGGGCCUCCGCACUCGCCGACUUGGCACGAGGGGGAACUCCAAAUACCAUUACUAUGGCCUGCGUAUCAAAGCCAACUCUCCACUGCUACGCCUGAUGGAGGACCAGCAACAUAUGGCCAUGCGGGGCCAGCCCUUCUCUCAGAAGCAGAGACUUAAACCAAUCCAGAAGAUGGAGGGUAUGACCAACGGUGUGGCAGUAGGACAGCAGCAGGCAGCAGGCCUGUCUGACAUCAGUGCCCAAGUCCAGCAGUACCAGCAGUUCUUGGAUGCCUCAAGGAGCCUGCCAGAAUUCACUGAGCUGGAUCUCCAGGGCAAGGUGCUACCUGAGGGGAUUGGGCCCGAAGACAUCAAGGCCUUCCAGGUCCUGUACCGGGAGCAUUGUGAGGCCAUUGUGGAUGUCAUGAUUAACCUACAGUUUACGCUGGUAGAGACCCUGUGGAAGACUUUCUGGAGGUACAACCUCAAUCAGCCCAGCGAGGCCACCCCCCUGGCUGUCCACGAUGAAGCAGAGAAGCGGCUGCCCAAGAGCAGCCUGGUGCUCCUCUCCAAGUAUGAGCCUGUGCUCAAGUGGACCAAGGACUGUGACAACCUGCUGUACCAGGGCCUGGUGGAGAUCCUUAUCCCCGAUGUGCUGCGGCCCAUCCCCAGUGCCUUGACACAAGCAAUUCGGAAUUUUGCCAAGAGCCUAGAGAGCUGGCUCACCAAUGCCAUGAUGAACAUCCCUGAAGAGAUGGUUCGGGUGAAGGUGGCUGCAGCCAGUGCUUUUGCACAAACACUUCGGCGCUAUACCUCCCUCAAUCACCUGGCCCAGGCAGCCCGGGCCGUGCUUCAGAACACGGCCCAAAUCAACCAGAUGCUCAGCGACCUCAACCGCGUUGACUUUGCCAAUGUGCAGGAGCAGGCCUCAUGGGUAUGCCGCUGUGAGGACCGUGUCGUGCAGCGCCUGGAGCAGGACUUCAAGGUGACGCUUCAGCAGCAGAACUCGCUGGAGCAGUGGGCAGGCUGGCUGGAUGGCGUGGUGAGCCAAGUGCUCAAGCCCUAUCAGGGCAGUGCCAGCUUUCCCAAGGCUGCCAAGCUCUUCCUUCUCAAGUGGUCUUUCUACAGCUCCAUGGUCAUCCGGGACCUGACCCUGCGCAGUGCGGCCAGCUUCGGCUCAUUUCACCUGAUCCGUCUCUUGUAUGAUGAGUACAUGUACUACCUGAUUGAGCACCGAGUGGCCCAGGCCAAGGGAGAGACCCCCAUCGCUGUCAUGGGCGAGUUUGCCAACCUGGCCAGUUCCCUGAACCCCCUGGAUCCUGACAAAGAUGAAGAGGAGGAAGAAGAGGAGGAGAGUGAAGAUGAACUGCCCCAAGAGAUCUCUCUCAACUCCAGUGAGUCAACUGCCCUCAGCUCAGAGUCCCUGGAGCCUCCUGCCAAGCUGGCGAGGACUGAAGGACGGGGCAUCUUCGUGCAGGCCCUGCCCUCAAGCUAAAAGCCCUGGCUACUUGCUGGGGCUCCCCAGGACUCUGGCCCUCAGAGGGCAGGGCAAGGGCUGUUUCAGGGGCCACCUACCCCAAACCCACCUUGUAACUGUGGGAAUCCCAUGAGCCCAGGCUUCCAGCAAAGGAAAAGCUUGGACUCACCAGCCUUCUACCCUCCACCCCUACUCUCCUUCCCCUACCAGACACCAAAGUCCCAGCCAGACUCUAGGCUUCUCUGUAGCUCAUGGGACUUGGUGUUUUUGCUCUGGCCCCCAUUGUGGGGUAGGAUGCACCCCCUAGCUACUGAGGGGGGAGCAGGAGAGCUCCUCAAGGCAGGGAAGGCAUUGCCUCUGCACCCCCUCACCCCUGCAAAUCCGCCCCUUCCUGUGGCCUUUGUUUGCCCCUGCAGGGUACAGGGGGUGGGUGGCAGCACAAUCCCAGGGCAAGAACCACUUGGCUGCACUGGAAGGAUUUUGGGGGGGAGGGAGGGAGGGGAGCUGGCUCCUCAAUACUGCAAACACUGACACAAAAGACAAAAGACGUGCCUUAAGGAACAAACUGAGCGUCCUGGCUGGUGGCAGGCUCCCCAGGGCAGUGGGCACGGCCCGGAGCAGGACGGAGAGUGGAGCAUCUUCUCUUCCCCUGGCCACCCGCACAGGCCCAGGGCUGUGCCAAGCCUGACCCAAGGGGGCUGUCUGCCUUGUGGGCAUGGUGGCUCCCAGGUUCCCCUUACCCUCUUCUACUCCCUGGAACUGACUCCAAGCUCUGGCUUUGCACAGUGGCUUGCCCCCUGCCUCCACCCCAGGCUACUUGGGGUGUAAGGGGGUAUUGAGCUGCCACCUCAGACACAGGUAGUAUGGGUGGGGGGGAGGGGUUGUUGCUCUUUGCAAGAAUGCUUGCUAAAGUGCAGAGGUCCCUGUCGCCACCCAGAAUCCUCCCCCCAGUCCUCCUUGCUUCCCUUCUUGGUUUAAGUGCAAUUAAAGCAGUUCCAGGCACUGCUUUAGGUGAGGGCUUGUGGGUCAGGGCCCUGCCCAUCAGUCUCCUCCCCUGACCCCAAACCCAGCACCCUCUGCUGUGAGGGAGCAUUGCAGGCCUCCAUCAAGCCUUGGGAGAAGCCCUCCUUCACAGGCUGUAUCUCCACCUCAGUACCCUUCCUCUGCCCUAUCCCACCCAGGCCUGGAGUUGUGGCAGGACCCUCUCCCUCCCCAAGGGCAGGGGAAAGACAGCUGAUGGGAGGGAAUGGGCAGGAGAGGCCUCCUUGUUCCCUCCCAGCUUCCAAAGACCAGUGCUAGACUGACACUGCCUGGAGAGCUGCCGGCCUACCCCAGCUCAGGGAGAGAAGGCCAAGGUGCCUCCUCCCAAGUGUGGCCAGCCUCCCCUGGAGCAGGUAGGCAGGCAGGGUCCUGGGUAGCACUCACUCAUAAAGAUCACCCUCACCCCCACCCCCACAACAGCUGCCCUCUAAGAUGCUGGUUUGUCAUGAAACCUUCUUAGCUAUUCUAGUUUUCAGAGAUCUGUGCUUUUGUAAUGUAAUGAUCUAACCCUCUCUAAACCACAUAACUAUUGUGCGAUUUGUGAGCGAUAUCCACUCAGAGUCGGUAGCUGUUGGGGUUUUUCCAACCAUCAUGGCCUUAUUCGUUCCAAUUUUUUCAGUGUUUUCAACAUGUGAGAUAGAUGUUUAUGGCAAAAACAAAAAAACAAAAAACAAAAAAAAGAUCCUGACCUUAUUGUAUAAAAAAAAAAUCACUAUUUUGUGUGCUCCAAGUGCAGCGGCUAAGGGGACUGGCCCCCCACUCUGCUGGUGGCUGGUGCCACCUUGGGCCCCAGGCAGCCAGGCCCUCUUCCCCGUGGUGGUGAAAGUGUCAAAGCGUGUGGUAGUCUAGAGAGCCCGAGCUGUUUUCUACCUUUUUGUAGUCUUUCUUAAAACACAAUAAAUUCUGCUGUGUUAUUUGGCUACCA